UUGUUUUGUCCCGUGUGUGCUGUAGCAGCCAGACAUGAGGGGCUCAGAUGACAGCUGGGAGUGGAAAGAAGCUGCUCCUGGGCAGGGUCAAUGGGAGCUUACACACUUCCGUCAAAGUAAUUGUAUUCAAGCUUUGCUGUUGGAUCUGAGUCUUUGUCUUUGGUUCACAAUGAGGACCGUGACACUGAUCUCCAGGGACUGAAGAGGUUUUAGAGUCAGGAUUCAGCAUGGCUCCACUCCUGAGAGUUGCUCUGCUGCUGCUGCUUCUUACAGCUCAAGUCAUCCCUUCAGUGUCUGGAUGCAAAUCACAUUUCUACAAAACCACAAUCAGAGAUUUCUGCUUGGACAAGUUCCACUUGGACAUGGGAAGACUGGACCCUGGCCUGUGGUGUAGCUGGCCAGACACAACAGAGACUUACGAGGGACUAACUAACUGCACAUACCAGGUGGCCUUGAGGCUUGACUGCUUCUGGCCCAAUCAGGUGGUGGAUGACAUCUUUGUGCAGAUUCACAACAGAUACUUCCAUGCCUGCGCUUUGACUGGUCGCCUUCUGCACGACCCACCCAUCGCCAUCCUGGCACCGUUCAUCACUGUGCCAGUAGUGGUCACUCUGCUCAUGACUGCUCUAGUGGUUUGGAGGAGUCGAUGCACACAAGGGGUUCUUUAGGACCAGCUGUGCUCCUGAAUAAAAGCUAGGGUCUUGGAGAUGAACUCAACACCCCGUUUUAAAAAUGUGAUUAAAUAGAAGUUGCAGAGAUUUUUUUGCCAUGUUGUGAUAAAAUGUAAAAAAAAAAAAAUGCUAAAAUGUAUGUGUGAAUGAAUAAAUGCUCUAUUUGCUUUCUCUGUG